AUGUUUGCUCUAUCCAAGACACUCUCCCUUCAUCACAUGAAUAAAUACUAUGUCAAGAUUUUGAAGGAUCUUUCGAUUGUCAAAUAGAUUCCAGCAGGCUCGACUAUUCUGGUCGGAGGCUUUGGACUUUGUGGCAUUCCAGAGAACAGUAUUAAUGCCCUCAAGGAGGCAGGAACAAAGAAUCUUACAGUUGUGAGCAACAAUUGUGGUACUAAUGAUGAAGGUCUUGGGAUACUAUUGAACAAUGGACAAUUGAAGAGAGUGAUAGCAUCAUAUGCUGGAGAAAAUCAUCAUCUGGCUGAAAAAUACUUUGAUGGGGAAUUGGAACUCGAAUUGAUCCCACAAGGCACUUUGGCAGAAAAGCUCAGAUCUGCAGGUGCAGGAAUCCCAGCAUUUUACACCAGAACAGGUGUAGACACCAUUGUUGAGAAGGGUGGCAUCCCCAUCAAGUAUAAGAAUCACUCAAAGGACUUCGAAGUGGAUAUCGCUUCUCAACCAAAACAUGUUGAAUAUUUCAAAGGACAGAAAUACAUCAGAGAAGAAGCCAUCUAAGGUGAUUAUGCCAUUAUCAAGGCGAGUGUUGCAGACACCAACGGAAAUCUCAGAUUCGUAGGAACCUCUAGAAACUUUAAUGAAGAUAUGGUCAAGGCUGCAAAGGUAGUGAUUGCUGAAGUUGAAUCUAUCGUACCUCUUGGCUCCUUUGGGUUCGAUCAUGUACAUGUGAAUGGCAUUUAUGUUGACUAUCUCUACUUGGGUGGCAAUUAUAAGAAAUCUAUUGAGAGAUUAGUAUAUGACGAAUCAGUUUAUUAAAAAAAUCCUGAAAAAUUCAAGAAAGCCAAGAACCAAGGUUUGAGAAACAGGAUUGCCAAGAGAGCUGCCCAUGAAUUCAAAGAUGGCAUGUAUGUGAAUUUGGGUAUCGGAAUCCCCACACUCAUUCCUGGCUUCUUAGAUCCACACAUCACAAUCCAUUUCCAUACAGAAAUAGGAGCUGUGGGAGUUGGCAAUUAUCCAUUGGAAGGACAAGAGUUGGGAGACUUAGUUAAUGCAGGAAAAGAGUCCAUCACCUUGAAUCAAGGAGCAUCCACUUUCUCAAGCAGUGAAUCAUUUGGCAUGGUUAGAGGAGGUCAUCUUGAUCUGACUGUUUUGGGAGCUAUGCAAAUUAAUAAAUAAGGGGAUAUUGCCAAUUGGGUUAUUCCAGGAAGAAUGGUUAAAGGAAUGGGAGGAGCCAUGGAUUUGGUAGCCUCUGGUUCUAAAGUCCUUGUGGUUAUGGAACACACAGCCAAAGGGGAAAAGAAGUUCUUAAAAGACAUCACUCUUCCAGCAACUGGACUUAGAAGAGUUGAUUAAGUUAUCACUGAAAAGGCUGUCUUCGUUAAGAGAAAUGGUGAAUUAGUCUUGACUGAAAUUGCAGCUGAUACUGAUUUGGAAUGGGUAAGAGCAAACACCGGAUUUGAAUUGACUGUUGCUGAUGAUUUAAAGAAAUUUGAUAUUUGAAUGCACAUACAUAAAUCAAUCUUCAUCAAUUGUUC